AUGCCACGCAACAUCUCCUGUGUCUUUGCAAAUUUCUUGCCGCCCCUUGGGCACCCCUCCUGCCGUGGGUAUUAUCAGUCCUUUCCAGUCUCCGGUACCAAGGAACGUAUUUGUCGGGGGUAUGCCGCUGCGGCAGUAACUCUGCUACCCUACCGUACUAUACUACUUUCCGAGCCACAAGGCAAGAUGCCGAACGGCCAGUACUGCGUGCAAAUAGUCGACUCCACGAACACAGCCCUCCCAGAGUAUGAACACGAUCCUCCAGAUGGAUACACCACGCGAGGAGGCUCCAAGAAGAAAAUGGAUCGAGUUUGGAAUGGGUACGGACGUAUCGCCUCCACUGAGGGACAACAAUUUGGUAUCCUCAUUGCGGUGCCAGAGGGCAUCUUCCGCCAGACUGCAACCGGCGCAAUGGUUUCCAUUCGGCUCGAUAGUUCCGACACGGGUGAAUACUGGACGCUACAAGAUACCCGCUUCGUGUCCAAAGAGCAAUGGGAGCCAAAGCGCGGUGGACACAACGGCGUCAAGUACGUCACCAUCAUGGAGUCCGUCGUGAAGACAGGCCCAGACGUUUUUGAGCCCGUUCGGACAGCGCGCAAACUGACUACUCGUGAGGAAGCAGAGCAACUUAGUACCGUGGGAAAUAUAGUUGUAGAAAUGCAGCUGGGCAAGAUGGUUCCCGGCGAAUCGAUGAGGUACUUUGGCAGGUCGAGGCGCACGCAAGCACCGUGGAGCAUCGCUGCUGAUCGCACCAUGACGUCGACAAAGAAUUGGCAGGACGAAGGGUUGCAGCAUUGCGUUCGCCUCAUUUCUCUAGGCGAAUGCAACGCACCCGAAAUGUUGGAUGACCAGUCCUUCCGCCCCCUGAACGGGGAGAACGGAGGCACCUACACCUUCAACUUCGUCUUUCGACCCCAAGCGAUAGCAGACAAGGAAGGCUGGCGCCUGAAGGACGGGGACAGAGAGCUCCCCGGCAUCCCUUUCCCCCGCAUUACACCGGCGAACCAGGAGCCUCCUGGCCACGCUGGUCCCGUUGCCGACCGUGAGGACCCCAGCAUACGAAACCGAGAACCCAAGUCGCGCAAGCCACGUACUCCCCGCCAGCCUACCUUUGCUUUGCGAAAUCAAAACCAAGAUGAAGACGGUGACGAUGAUAGCAUGAACCUCGAACCCGAGAAGAGCCAGAGUCAGAAGUCGAAGAAACGCAAAGCAGCAUCCGCUCCCACGCGUACUUCAAAGCGCAUUCUCGACAGGGCUGCUGCGCAUGCUGUGGCAGACAGGCAGGAUGCCCCAGUUAGCGCGUCUGAUGCCAUGGCUGACGAUGAAAUCCCGAGGGACGAUUUGCAGUCCGUGGCCGCGUUUCCUGUGGACUCAAACCAAGUUAUGCCUUCACAGCCAGCUGGCAACGGCACUGCGUCUGGAUCAGCGAACCUGGCUCCUCUCACUACUGAAGCCUCCGAGAGGCCACAGGUGCCCUCGCCACCACGUGGACGUGACGAAGAGGCGAGUCAUCACUCCCGACAUGGACCGGAUUUAGCUGGCCGUGUGCAGAAUGACCGGGAUAGCGACAUUGAGAGUAUCGCAGAAUCAAUGGCUGCCCAAUCGAUCGCUGAGGAUGUUACCCUGGAGCAACGCGUCCGCGAGUGGAGCAAGAAGGUACCUAUUGCUGAUGCCCGCAAGAUUGCUCAACUUGAGGUGGAAAAGGAGAGGUGCGUAGAACGGCAGGCAUUCCUGAAGGCGAAACAGGCCGGCCUUGCGGCUAGACAGGCUGGUCUCGAGGCCCAGUAUCUCGAGAAGCGGGCUCAGAGGAAAGGCAACGAUCUGAAGCGGCUUCUGGCAGAGCUGAACUAG